GCAAGAUGGCGCAGAGCUGAGCCAUCGAAACAGGAUCGAUCACCGAAAAGCUCGAUUGGGUUGUUCCUCCAACAAUAUCAAACUUUCUGCGGCUUCUUGAUUUAAACAUAACGGAAAGGGGCAACGAGAAGAAGUUAUAGGUGAUGGAGUUCCCAUGGCACUGUGGGAAGGUCCUCGAGCAACUGAACCAUCAGAGGAAGCAGGGCCUGCUAUGUGACUGUACUUUUGUGGUGGAUGGGGUUGAUUUUAAAGCCCACAAAGCUGUUCUAGCUGCCUGCAGCCUCUACUUCCGCACUCUCUUUGUGGAACAAAAGGAUGUGGUGCAUCUGGAUAUAAGUAAUGCAGCAGGUUUGGGCCUGGUUUUGGACUUCAUGUAUACAUCCAAAUUGAAUCUAACCAUUAACACUGUAGUUGACGUUAUGACGGUGGCAACCUUCUUGAAGAUGCCUGAGAUUGUAAAUGCCUGCUCUGCUUAUCAAACCAUGGCCAACCCUGGUCCCACCAUUGUCACUGUAGACAUACCUGAGGAUAAAGCAUUCAAAGUAGAUCCAAGUGUUCCCAUGGAAAGUGACCUGGCUGCAGUGGCAGCACAGGUGGAAGAAAGCCAGCCACAAAUAACCCCUGCAGAAGGUAACAGCAGUGCUGCAGUUUCUAUGCAGGAAGAAGUGCCCUCUGACACACAGCAGACAGACUCCCAGUCAAAACCACCCUCCCCUAGUAGAACCAGGCUAUCCAAAACUCCACCAACGGUCACAAAGAAAAACAUUCUUAAAAAGAAUGUGGCAGCACAAGGCUUCAAAGAUGACCCAUCUGAUGCUGACUACACACCCAAAUCUCCCUUCAAGUCAUCUGGGCGCUCCUCCUAUAUGAGCUCAAGAGGUAGGAGGAUCAGAAAACCACCUCAGAGGAACUAUCCACCUGACAAUGACUCGGAGGAAGAUGGUCAGCCCAAAGAAGGCGAUCAGAUGGACACAGUGACAGAGAAAUCACAAGGCAAGACUGACCAUAACAGUGAAGAGGCUGCAGAGGAGGACACAGAGGAGACAGAGGACAGUGAGGGGAGUGGGCAGGACGAUGAAGGAGAGAGUGAUGGAGACUCCAGAACAAACCCAUACAGACCUAAGAGCGGCAGGGCUGAGACCAAACAAUAUAGCUCAAUAACUCAUAAGUGUGAGGACUGUGGGAAGGUGUUCACUCACACUGGAAACUUCAAGAGACACAUGCGAAUCCAUACAGGAGAGAAGCCUUUCAGCUGCAGAAACUGUAACAAGGCCUUUUCAGACCCUGCAGCCUGCAGGGCACAUGAGAAAACACACAGCCCACUGAAACCAUACUGCUGCUCCACAUGUGGGAGGAGUUACCGUCACAUCAGUCUGCUUAACAUGCACCUUAAACGACACACUGGAGAAGCUCGUUACAGCUGCGAUCUUUGUGGGAAACUGUUCACUACAUCAGGGAACCUUAAGAGGCACCAGCUUGUCCACAGUGGAGAGAAGCCUUUCCAGUGUGACUACUGCGACAGGGCCUUCUCCGACCCCACGGCCAAGAUGAGACACCUGGAGACCCACGACACAGAGAAGGACCACAAGUGUCCUCACUGUGACAAGCGCUUCCACCAGCUGGGAAAUCUCAAAGCUCACCUGAAGAUUCACAUCACAGAUGGACCUCUGAAAUGCAAAGAAUGUGGAAAACAGUUCACCACUUCCGGGAACCUGAAGAGGCACCUGCGUGUCCACACUGGAGAAAAGCCUUAUGUGUGUAAUCACUGUCAAAGAGCCUUCAGUGACCCAGGAGCAUUGCUGCGGCAUGAGCGCACACAUACAGGGGAGAAACCAUGUGUGUGUAAGGUGUGUGGUAAAGCGUUCACUCAGGCUAGCUCCCUCAUCGCUCACUUCAGGCAGCACACAGGAGAAAGACCCUAUGUGUGUGACCGCUGUGGAAAGAGGUUUACUCAGUCCAGUCAGCUGGCCAAUCACAUCAAACAUCAUGAUAAUGUGCGUCCACAUAAAUGCCACUUGUGCACCAAAGCCUUUGUGAAUGUUGGAGACUUGUCCAAACACAUCAUUGUUCACACAGGUGAGAAACCAUUUCUGUGUGACAAGUGUGGUCGAGGGUUCAACCGCGUGGAUAACCUGCGUUCACAUGUGAAGACGGUUCAUCACGGCAAAGCUGGGAUGAAGAGGCUGGUGGUAACAGAGAACAGCUCACAAGAGGCUGAGGCUGGUGGGCUUUCCGUCUCAUUGAAUGAGGUCAACAUCGUCACUGUCACCACUGAUGACAUCGUUACACUGGCUACAGAGGCUCUGGCAUCUUCAUCUGUAACACAACUCACAGUUGUUCCAGUGGCCACCUCAGGUUCUGCAGAUGAAACAGAGGCUCUGAAAGCAGAAAUUACUAAAGCAGUAGAGAAAGUUCAGGAAUCAGAUCCCAACAUGCAAAUCCUCUAUGCCUGUGAUUCAUGCGGGGAUAAAUUCUUGGAUGCUAGUUCUUUGGCACAGCAUGUCCGCAUCCACACAGCCCAGGCUUUAGUCAUGUUCCAGGCAGAUUCAGAUUGCUACCAGUACACCACAACUACCACCUCUGAGGAAGAUGCCACCCCAGCAUGGCAACCUACAUCAGAGCAGGUCAUCCAGGAGGGGGAGCUGGUGUUCAGGCCCACAGAUCAGGAGGCAGAGGGGGCUCAAACGGACGCUGUGGUGGGUCAGGAGGAAGAGGCAGCAGCAUCAGUGCUGGAAACACAAACUGAGGUUAAAACAGAGAAUCCGAAGAAGAGUGAGGAGGGGGACAAUCAAACGGAGAACAUUAUAAGGAAAUUAUAAAGAAGCCUUGAUGACCACAUUUGUAUUUUACAGAUGCAAACUGGAAAACACAAAAUAAAAUCAUGGAAAAGCUUUUGUAAAACAAACCUGACCUGGAUGUUGUGCAUAUUAUUUUUGUUUACCUAAUUAUGUAUAAGAAGUGUCAUAGAACUGUUAAGAGAACCUUUAUUUGUCCCCCAGUGGGGAAAUUCCACAGACUGCAUCUUUGAAAGAGUACAUCCUGAUAAUGUAUUGUGUUUACAUCAAUUUUAUUCUGCUGAGCCUGUACAUUUAUUUUUAACUGAUUUAUUGUUUUCCUAUUCGUUCUCUAUCACACAUUGUACAUGAUUCUAGUUUCUAUUUGGAUGUCUAGUAUGUGUAUAAGACAAUAAGCUGUAUUUUAUUAAAAUAUU